AUUCCAUACCUGCUAACACAGUUAUGUCUGUCAUCGAGAACUUAAGCUCCGUCAAGAUUGCGCUAAUUGUAGCUGCAUGCUUUUUCCAAUAUGGCCGAUAUUGGGCAGAUUGGGCCUUUGACUAUUAUCUCAUAUGGUCAGAUCCUGCUGCUCGGCCCAAUGCAUUUGCUAAUGCAGCUUUGUACUAUGCAAACCAAAACGACACACCACAAGUUCAUCAAUACAUUUCAUGCGUCGAUCUCUUGAUUGCAAGCAUUGGUAUUGGAGCUGGUUUGGCUAGCAUGCGAGACGCUAAUAUUCUCUUCGACGGUGCAUCGCUAGUUUUGAUGAUAUCUGCAAUUGCUUCCCAUGUUACAUCCAUUAUACCAAGUAUCGAUCUUGUGGCAAAAUCUAGUAAUGAGGAUGAAAUAAUGGAAGCGCUUAAAAAUAUUGCUGUCGCACAUACCAUCAUUGUAACAGCAGUGACAGGUAUUGUUCUUCUACAAGUCGCUCAUUAUUUCUGCAUAAGACGAUGGGCAAGAGAAGACGCUGCUGAACAUACAAAACACGCAAAGAAACAUAAGCAUAAAGCGCACUAAUAUUUCACUGGUUGAAACAUUACAAAAGGAUCCUAUGUAAUAAACUAAUCAACGUCAAAUUUGUUU